AAAACACCGAGCUCCAGACGCUGGCGCUGGCCGUCUGCCUCGGCUACUUCUUCUUUGACCUCGGCUGGUGUGUGUGUUAUCGCACCGAGGGCCCCGUCAUGAUGGCGCACCACGCCGCCAGCAUCCUGGGAAUCCUGCUGGCGCUGUCCAUGGGAGUGUCGGGCUGCGAGACCUGCUGCGUCAUCUUCGGCAGCGAGAUCACCAACCCCCUGCUACAGACGCGCUGGUUCCUCCGCCAGCUGGGACUUUACGACAGCCUGCUGGGCGACGCCGUGGACCUCCUCUUCAUCCUGCUCUUCGCCUUUGUGCGCGUGGGCGUCGGCACCGUCAUGUUUUACUGUGAACUGACCUCUUCAAGGACUUCACUGAUUAUGAAGCUCGGAGGAGUUGUUAUGUACGGCCUGGCGUGGGUGUUCAUGGUGGACAUAGCCAGGUUUGGCUACAAGAAGAGCAGAGCUAAAUACAGGAAGUGGAAAGAGAAUCACAAAUGUCAAGAAGAAAGUGCAAAAAAACUGAUAGGUUUUUCUGAGAACAGCUGAGAGAUGCUUGAAGAUUCAUCAGAACUGCCCUUCGCGGGGUGAUAGGGCUGUCAGCGGGUAAAAAAUGGAGACGAACCUGCAGACAAGAUGGCGUCUGACAUCAUCGGCCGGAAGCAGAAAGUAUGCAACUUAUUCAAACCCAGCAGUGUUCAGAAUGAUAGAAAAACUUUUAAUAAAAUGGGAAAACUCUUCACCGUUAGGGUCAAACUUUUCUUUUUUCUUUUUUUCCGAGCAACAUGGGGGUACUUCCUGUUCCGGUUGAAGACUUCCAGUUCUAGACAUUAAUGUCUGCAGCCAGGGCCUCUUGGAAAAAUGGCCACACAAGUGGACCACAUGAAAUAUCAAGAUCAUGGACCAAAUAGUGAACCCGCAGAGACAAUGUUUGUGCACAGUUUUCUGAGGGCAACAGUUUGUAGUGAACAUUUAUACAACGUGAAGCAGGUGAGCUGCAGGUGUGUUGUACAGAUAUUUAAUUUUUUAACCCCCCAAAACUUUAUGGCAAGCAAAAAGGGUCAAAAAUUGCCAGGAAAAGUGCAGCAAAAAGGGCGUGUUGGUCAUAAAAAGUGAUGCUUUUCAUGCACGUUUUAAAAGUAUAAAUUAAGCCGUCUUGUGUUGUCCCAAAAAAAAAAAGUGAUGCUUUUACUGACGAUUAUUGACUACUUUUGCUUGCCAUAUCUGUGCAUCCCUCACACGUGGUGAGAAAGGAGCCAGUAGCUUUCGAGAACCUUACUGACGAGCGUGUGGCGUAAGGACACCGUACGACAGCAUCACCCGUACGUCAUGAGUGAGUGCAACUUCCAUUAUUUUUAGUAAUAUUUCUUGAUACAUUUACCACAUGGAACAUUCCAAUAUUAUGACGUCCCUUAAGGUGGUCGUAUGAGUCUCAAGGGACACACCAAUGCCCCCCUUAAGGUGCAUUCACACCGAACGCGAU